AUGGAUCCAUUUUCUCUCAGACGACCAUUCAUCGCCAACCCACUGAAGACCAAAGAUGACCUCGCGAGCUACCUCGUCAAUCUCCUCAACCCGCUCGAGGCUCACACCUCCCCAGGCGGGGCGCGUAUCCAUCUCGGACACACUGCAACGCAUUACGAUGAGGCGGCUGCACAGCUUGAGGGGUUUUCCCGUCCGAUCUGGGGGCUCGCGUCGCUUCUUGCGGGUGGCGGUCAUUACAGCGGCGCGCAGCGCUGGGUGGACGGCUACGCGAACGGAACCAACCCUGACCACGCUGAGUUUUGGGGGAACAUGAGGAGCAAGGACCAGCGGAUGGUUGAGUGCUCGGCCAUCGGGUUCUCGUUGGCAGUCGCGAAGGGGGAGCUAUGGGACCGGAUGAGCAAGGAGGCGCAGAAGAACUUUGAGGAUUGGUUGGGAGGGAUGAAUGAUAAAGAGAUGCCGAAUACGAACUGGCUAUGGUUUAGAGUUUUCGCGAACCUUGGGCUGUCGAAGGUUGGAUCGCCUCGUUAUGACGCAAAGCGUAUGAAGGCAGACAUGGACCAUCUCGACACGUUCUACAUCGGAGAAGGCUGGUCUCGCGACGGACCCGAGGGCGUUGUUCAGCUCGAUUACUAUUCCUCAUCAUUUGCGAUCCAGUUUGCACAGCUCGUGUACUCAAAGCUCGCUCAGGACGAAGAUCCGAAGCGGUGUGAGGAGUAUCGCAACCGCGCUCGCCGCUUUGCUCAGGAUUUUGUUCACUACUUUGACCCUGAAGGGCGUGCGAUCCCUUUCGGCCGAAGCAUGACCUAUCGGUUUGCGAUGUCCUCCUUCUGGGGUGCCCUUGCUUUCGCCGACGUCGAGCUGCCAGCACCACUCACAUGGGGCGUUGUCAAAGGCCUGCAGCUGCGCAAUAUCCGCUACUGGCUGAAGCAGCCCGGCGCGUACUAUUCUGACGGCACGAUGACGAUCGGGUAUUGCUACCCAAACCUGAACAUGACCGAGAAUUACAACUCGCCUGGCUCGCCGUACUGGUGUUGCAAGUCGUUCAUCACGCUUUCCCUCCCCACGUCGCACCCGUUCUGGGCAUCGCCGGAAGAGCCAUACCCUACCUCACUCCUGGGCACGGUCGCUCCGCUGUACAAGCCACUUCACAUCGCGUCUAAUUUGGGCGGCCAUACUUUCAUUCUUUCGUCGGGCCAACAAUGCUCCUACCCUGUCAAGCAGAGCGCCGCCAAGUACGGCAAAUUCGCGUACUCGUCCGCGUUCGGGUACAGCGUACCCACAGGCGCGCUUACUCUCGAAGAACUCUCAGCGGACAACGCACUAGCGCUGAGCGACGACCAAGGGGAGACGUGGAAGUGCCGUCGCGAGACUCGCGAGGCGCGCAUUGAAGACGGCAAGUGGCUGCAUUCGAUGUGGUAUCCGUGGAAAGGCGUCGAGGUCGAGACGUGGCUCGUGCCGCCUGCGCAGGAGGCGCCGCUGUGGCAUCUUCGCGUGCACAGGGUGAAGACGGGCCGCGAGCUCACCUCGGCAGAGGGCGGAUUCGCGAUACACGGACAGAGGGAGGAUGGGCGUGCGCUCGAGCCAGCGCCGGAGGGCCUGAUUGGAACAUACGAGCAGAGCGGGGAGGCUCGGGCCACCUCGAGCGCCGGCGUGUCUGGCGUUGCGGAUUUACGCUCUGGAGGAGAAAGAGAGGCGAAGGUCAUCCGGACGGACGCGAACUCGAACCUGAUUGUCGCGCGAGCUGUACUACCGACGCUCGUGGCGGUGUAUGAUCCCGGGGAACACUGGCUUGUGACUGCCGUAUUCGCUGUUCCGAGCAGAGAAGGCGAGAACGUUCCGCCUGACGGAUGGCAGAACGAGUGGAAAAAGAGGCCUGUGAUUCCAGCUGAGUUAGCGAAGCUGUUCUAAAUCUGUAGUGGGUCCUCUGAAUUCCGAAUUCACG